AGAGGCGGGGCCCUGAAACGAGGACGCUUCGCCCGGCUGAUGCAGUUCAUGAAGCUGCGGCUCCCCUACCAGCUCUCGUCUUUGGACUGGGACCCGCAGCACCUGACCAAUCAGCAGCAGUGCUACCAUCCGGAGUGCCACACGCCCGCCGUGGAGCCCGAGGCCGACGGAGACUCCUGGAUAUGUCGGCAGUGCGUCUUUGCAGUCGCAACCAAGAGAGGCGGAGCCCUGAAACGAGGACGCUUCGCCCGGCUGAUGCAGUUCAUGAAGCUGCGGCUCCCCUACCAGCUCUCGUCUUUGGACUGGGACCCGCAGCACCUGACCAAUCAGCAGCAGUGUUACUGCUACUGCGCUGGACCCGGAGAGUGGAACCUGAAGAUGCUGCAGUGUGCCGGCUGUGGCCAGUGGUUCCACGAGGCCUGCACCCAGUGCUUAACCAAACCGUUGCUCUACGGAGACAGGUUUUACCAGUUCCAGUGCUCAGUUUGUGCAAAAGGACCAGAGACCAUCCAAAGACUGCCCAUGAACUGGGCGGAUUUGGCUCACCUGGUGCUCUACCAUCUCUCGCUGUGCUGCAAGAGGAAAUACUUCGAUUUCGACCAUGAGAUCCUGUCCUUCGCCAACGAGAACUGGGAGUCCUUGCUCCUGGGCGCGCUCUCUGACACACCGAGGCAAGACCGGUGCCACAACCUGCUCAACGCUCUGAACUCCCACAAGGACAGGUUUGUGUCCGGAAAGGAGAUCAAGAAGAAGAAGUGUCUUUUCGGGCUGCAGGUGCGAGCCCCGCCCCCGCUGACCUCCGAUUCCUCGCCGCUCAUCACCGACCCGCCGAUCGCCAUCACCCACCGGAGGAGGGCGGAUUUGGCUCACUUGGUGCUCUACCAUCUCUCGCUGUGCUGCAAGAGGAAAUACUUUGAUUUCGACCAUGAGAUCCUGUCCUUCGCCAACGAGAACUGGGAAUCUUUGCUCCUGGGCGCGCUCUCUGACACACCGAGGCAAGACCGCUGCCACAACCUGCUUAACGCUCUGAACUCCCACAAGGACAGGUUUGUAUCCGGAAAGGAGAUUAAGAAGAAGAAGUGUCUUUUCGGGCUGCAGGUGCGAGCCCCGCCCCCGCUGACCUCCGAUUCCUCGCCGCUCAUCACCGACCCGCCGAUCGCCAUCACCCACCGGAGGAGGGUGGACUUUAAGGUCCCGAUACUGAUCCCUGAGGCGGCCCAGCUCAUCAUCCCUCCCCCGCCGUGCCGCCGGCUGUGUGGUUUCUGGACCCUGUCGCCCAAAUAG